CCCGCCUGCGGCGGCUCUGCGUAUCAUGGCGGCUCACACCGCGCUACCGCACUCUUCCGCUGGGCCCCUGAAAGUUUCGCUUCUGCCCAGCAGUGGAUCCAAGAGCGCGUGCCGCCAUGAAGUCUGAGCUCUGCUGACCGGACCUGGGCAAGAGGUGCACGGCCGAGAGAGAGGGGGCCUGCAGCCAGUCGCCAUGGCCUCCCCGUCCACGGAGGGCCAACUGCAGAGGAUCAUCCGCGAUCUGCAAGAUGCCGUGGCGGAGCUAAGCAAAGAAUUUAAGGAGGUAGGCGAGCCCAUCACGGACGACAGCACCAGCUUACACAAGUUUUCUUACAAACUCGAGUAUCUCCUUCAAUUCGACCAGAAGGAGAAGGCCACCCUUCUGGGCAACAGGAAGGACUACUGGGACUACUUCUGCGCCUGCCUGGCCAAGGUGAAAGGAGCCAACGACGGGAUCCGCUUCGUCAAGUCCAUCCCGGAGCUCCGGACGUCUCUGGGGAGGGGAAGGGCGUUUAUUCGCUACUCCCUGAUGCACCAGCGGCUGGCAGACACCUUACAGCAGUGCUUCAUGAACUCCAAAGUGACCAGUGACUGGUACUACGCCCGAAGCCCCUUUCUGAAACCAAAGCUGAGCUCGGACAUCGUGGGCCAGCUCUACGAGCUGACCGAGGUCCAGUUUGACCUGGCAUCCAGGGGCUACGAUUUGGACGCUGCCUGGCCGACGUUCGCCAGGAGGAUGCUCCCCGCCGGCUCCCCUGCCUUCCUGUGGAGACCCCCCAGCCGAAGCUCCAGCAUGAGCAGCCUGGUGAGCACCUACCUGCAGACUCAGGAGCCAGUCUCCAGCUUUGACCUGAACAGCCCCUUGAACAACGAGGCGCUGGAGGGCUUUGAUGAGAUGCGCCUGGAGCUGGACCAGCUGGAGGUGCGGGAGAAGCAGCUGCAGGAGCAGCUCCGCCAGCUGGACCAAGAGAACCAGGAGCUGCGCGCGGCCAUCGGCCUGCAGGGAGAGCAGCUGCGGACGGAGAGGGAGCGGGGCCGCGCCGCCGCUGAGGACAGCGCCCGCCUCGCUAGUGUGAAUGCUCAGCUUCAGAAGCAUCAGGAGGCCACCGCGGAGGAGCUUCGCAGGUGCCUGCGGGCGGUGGAGCUGGGGGUGGCGGAGAAGCCGGGGGACUCCCGCACAGCCCUGCUGCAGCUCGAGUCCAUGCUGCGGCCCCUGGCCCAGGAGCUCGAGGCCGCACCUGACUCGCUGGACAGGAGGGACCCGCAUUUAGCCAACAUCCCGGACCAGCCGGGCGCCGCAGAACCGGCUCAGAACGUUCGGGGGCAGUGGGAGCCCCUCCUCGGGGACUCGGGCCUGGGGACCCAGGAGCUGGUGGAGAAGCUGCGGGCCCUGGAGACCGAGCGCGUCGAGGCCCAGGAGCUCAGCAGGCAGCAGUGCACCCAGCUGGAGCAGCUGGCCGAGGAGCUGCGGCUGAAGGAGGAGGCCCGGGCUGGCCUGGAGCGCCAGCUGGCUGAAGUGGCACCGCUCCGGGAGGUGCUGUCCGGGAAGGGGCAGGAAGCAGCCCAGCUGCGGCAACAGCUACACCAGUCCCUGGCCCGUCUGAGUUCCUUGGAGGAGGAGCUGGCAGAAGCAAGGCAGGAGAAGCAGCUGCAGGAGCAGGAGGCCCAGGCGCUGGCCCGGCAGCUGCAGGCCCUGGAGGCCCAGUGGGCACAGCUGAACCAGCAUGGGUGCGACCUGGAGGAGCAGAAGCAGCUGCUCGCCUACGACAGGGACCGCCUGAGCCAGAAGGUGAGGGCACUGGAGCAGCUGGCCGGGCAGCCGGGGUCCCCGGACUCCACCCCGCAGCCGGCCUCCGAGAGGCCUGAGGAAGGCCCGAGCAGCCCCCAGGGGGGCCAGGCAGGUGAGCCCAAGACGCGAGGGAACCAGCAGGAGGAGAAGCCCCAGCAGGCCAGCGUGGAGCUGGAGCAGGAGCUGCAGAAAGUGCUCGAGCGCAACCAGCUCCUUGAGGGCAAGCUACAGGCCCUGCAGGCCGACUAUGAGGCACUGCAGCAGCGGGAGGCGGCUAUCCGGGGCUCCCUGGCCUCCCUGCAGUCUGAGCAGGCCUGCAUCCGGCACAUGGGAAACCAAAUGGAGGCGAGCCUGCUGGCCGUGCAGAAGGCCAAGGAGAUCAUGAGGGCCCGCGUGGCGGAGAAAGAGGCCGAAUGCCAGCAGCUGCGGGAGGCGGUGGGGGAGUGCCAGCAGCGAGCAGAGGCCCAGGAGAGGGAGCUCAAGGCUCUUGAGAGCCGGUGCCACCAGCAGACCCAGCUGAUUGAGACCCUGACCGCAGAGAAAGGCCGGCAGGGGCUCGGCCUGCCUGAAGACGCCGCACCCCUGGACCCGGGGGCCCAGCAGGCCCCAGGUCAGGCCCAGUCAGAGGCCCGGCAGGGGGAGGCCAGGGCGCCCGACCUUCAGGCCGAGCUCCAGGCAGCCCUGGGGGACCAGGAUAAGGUCCAGGGCCAGCUGAGCGAGGCUGAAGCUGCUCUGAGGGAGCACAGGGCCCUCGUGCAGCAGCUACAGGAGCAGAACGAAGCCCUCCUGAGGGCCCCGGGGCAGGAGCUGGCGCGCGAAGUGGCACCGCGGGACAACAGGGCCGAGGAGGCGCAGUCCCAGGCCGAGCACGGCUCCCAGGAAGCCCCACCAGGACAGGCCGAGGCGCAGGAGCAGCCGCCCGAGGCGGGUGCAGGCCCAGCCGAGCCCCACGCCCUGCUCGAGGAGAAGAGGCAGGCGGAGGAGGCCCUGGCCUGCGCCGUCCAGGAGCUCUGGGACGCCAGAGAGGCGGCCUCAAGGGAGCGGGAGGGCCUGGAGCACCAAGUGGCUGGGCUGCAGCGAGACAAGGACAGCCUGCAGGAGAGGCUGAAGGUGGCCGAGGAGGCGGCCCGCUCCCUGCCCGGCCUGCAGGCCCAGCUGGCCCAGGCGGAGCAGCGGGCCCAGAGCCUCCAGGAGGCCGCCCAUGAGGAGCUCAGCGCCCUCAAGUUCCAGCUGAGCACCGAGAUCAUGGACCACCAGAGCAGACUGAAGACUGCCAGUGAGGAGUGCGGGAGCCUCAGGGCCCAGCUUGAGGCGCGAGGCCGGGAGCUGCAGGCCACCGAGGAGACUGUGGCCAAGCUGAAGGCCGCCCAGGCAGAGCUGGGGGAGAAGCUGAGCUGCACCAGCAAGCAUCUUGCAGAGUGCCAGGCUGCCCUGCGGAAGAAGGACGAGGAGGGGGCGGCCCUGCAUGAGAGCCUGGACAGGACCCAGAAGGAACUUGAAAAAGCCACAACAAAAAUCCAGGAGUAUUACAGCAGACUGUGCCAGGAGGUGACGAACCGGGAGAAGAGUGACCAGAAGAUGCUCGCGGACCUGGAUGACCUGAAUAGAACCAAGCAGUACCUGGAGGAGCGGCUGAUCGAGCUGCUCAGGGACAAGGAUGCUCUCUGGCAGAAGUCUGAUGCCCUGGAGUUCCAGCAGAAGCUCAGUGCUGAGGAGAGGUGGCUCGGGGACGCGGAGGCGAGCCACUGUCACGACUGUAAGCGGGAGUUCAGCUGGAUGGUGCGGCGGCACCACUGCAGGGUCUGCGGCCGCAUCUUCUGUUACUACUGCUGCAACAACUACGUCCUGACGAAGCCCGGUGGCAAGAAGGAGCGCUGCUGCCGCGCCUGCUUCCAGAAGUUCAGUGACGGCCCCGGCUCCCCUGACAGCGCCAGCUCGGGCACCAGCCAGGGCGAGCCCAGCCCGGUGCUGUCGCCGGCCCGAGCUGGGCCCCAGGCCGCCGGAGCCCCAGGUGUGGACGCGGACUGCAGGCAGCCGGACGAUGCCGCGUUUGACAUCAUCACUGAUGAGGAGCUGUGCCAGAUCCAGGAGUCGGGCUCCUCUCUGCCUGAGACGCCCACCGAGACGGACUCCCUCAACCCUAACGUGCCCGAACAGGACACCGUGUCACACUCGCUAACCCUGGAGGACACAGAAGGCGUGCCAUUGGGGCAGGACGCUGAGAUCUGCUUGCUGAAGUCUGGGGAGCUGAUGAUAAAAUUGCCCCUGACGGUGGAGGAGAUCGCCAGCUUCGGGGAGAGCCACAGGGAGCUGUUCGUGAGGUCCAGUACCUACAGCGUCAUCCCCAUCACCGUGGCCGAGGCGGGCCUCACCAUCAGCUGGGUCUUCUCCUCCGACCCCAAGAGCAUCUCCUUCAGCGUCGUCUUCCAGGAGGCCGAGGACACACCGCUCGAUCAGUGCAAGGUCCUCAUCCCCACGACCCGAUGCAGCUCCCAUAAGGAGAACAUCCAAGGCCAGCUCAAGGUCCGCACGCCGGGCAUCUACAUGCUCAUCUUUGACAACACCUUUUCCAGGUUUGUCUCCAAGAAAGUGUUUUAUCACUUGACGGUUGGCAGGCCUGUGAUCUACGACGGGAGUGACUUCCCGUAGCCUCAGGCACCUGGGUUCUCGCAGUUCCACUUUAUCCACAGGAAACACUACUCGCCCUCACCUGUCAUGGAAAGCACUAAAAAAAAGAAAAGAAAAAAAAAAAAAGGCAGUGGCUCCAAAGCUGAGCAACCGCAGCUCUGGGAGACGGGCCCCCGGCCGCCCCUCAGCGCCGCUGUGCCCGGAGCACUGUGUUCUCAGCACUACGCACCGUCACGCCCAGCCUCCGUGGCUCUGAAGGGCUCAAGCAGUGCUUCCAGUGAUUAGGGACCCAACUGUCCUCACACCCAAAGGGACACUCUGCCAAAGGUUGACACCCUCAGGAGACCAUCAGCCUCUCCCAGAGCCACAGCUGGCUCCAGGACUCCCGUGGACAGUUGCACAGGCCAGAGUCCAUGAUGCCAACUUGUGCCCAUGGAGAGAAAGGUGCCCCCUCCCCCACUCUGCCCAGUGGGGGGCCUGGCGUCCUGGACGACCACGGGUCAAGAUGUCCUGGCCAGACCCUGUGAGUCCUUGGGCCAUGAGGCCCUCAGUCCUCCCAGGAAAAGAAAGCCACGGGGCCAUGCUGAGAGUCAGGGCACUCGGGGAGCCCUCCUGAAACCCCCUCCUGCCUCUUCCCAUCAUGCCUCUGUCCCUUCCCGCCCCAGUAAAUUUGGGGCUGCUCCAAACUCAACAGUUUUGGAGGGACCUUGAGCUGCACUUUCUUCCCGGCCCUUCUGUCUGCAAAGUUCUGUCCUCACGCAAAGCCCUUCACUCAGGCAGGCCCCUCAGUAGUUCCAAACAUCGCCCUAAAAAUCCGAAGCCACCCCUGAGGACACAUCCUGUGGUGCUGUCCCUGCACCGGCAGCUGGAGCCCGAAAGCCGGCUGACACCACAGCCUGACAACAGGACGCCUCGCGCCGUGGCCCUCAGGACCCACCGCUCAGCCGUCAGGCUGCCUUUGCACAAACGAGCUUCCGCCCCACCUUCAGGCCUGUUUACUAACGAUCAUAAUCAGGGGAAGAACCGCUUUCAAACAUCAGGGCCUCCUUUACCACAGUCUUUGGUAGCCCGGGCGUAACGGCAUCAUUCAUGAAUGUGCUUUGACUUCACUCCUUGGCCCCCACUUCCCACCCACCUGCUCCCAGCACCCCGUUUGCCCACUUCCUGUGGCUCAGCCUACACGUGACACCCAGGAGCCAUCUCCCCUUGGGGCCGAUGAAUCCUGUGUCCUCUUCCUAGAAGGAGAUAACCUUCCUGCUGUCUGUGGCCCUUUUCUUCCCCCACCAUACAGAGCUCACCUGUGAUGGCCUCUUUGUGCCUGGUUGACAGAGGCCAGAGCUCAGGUCAGGCCUCAGAUGCUUCCACGGGUGAGCAGGACAUCUGAUGAGGGGCCCCGCUUUGGCCUGGGAUCUGAGGGGGAGCGCUGGGCCCGCCCACCCCCCAGCGGCCGCCGGUCAAGUCUCUCCAGGCAGAAGCUUCAGCCUGCCCCUGCACGCCCGGUUGGGCUGCUGAGAGCUGGAGCACAGGCCAGGGGCCCCCGCCGGGCCCAGCACCGACCCCACAGCCCCCAGCCAGCAGAGAGGACUUGUGGGGCAAGGGUAGGGGGAAGUGACCUCUGCCAUAGACUCAGAGCUGGCACUUAAACAGGGCACGUGGCCGCUUGCAGUCAGGUUAGGCAGGGCAAGGACGGUGGUGAACAGAACUUUCUGGAAAGAUUAACCCAGAGAAAAGCCAAACCUCUCAUGCUCUUUCCUUGGAGCGGCCACCUGCGGCAGAAAGCUCCCAGGGGCUCGAGCAGCUCCCAGGGGCCAAGGCCUUGACUGAGCUCAGCGCCAAGGCAAGAAGCAGCCAGGCCCCCAGAGACUCUCCCGAGCCUCACACCUGCCCUCCCCAGCGUGCCACACAGCCUGAGGACUAUUCCAGAGCAAACCACCCCUCUGGAGCCCACCCUCUCCCCCCGUUUCCCACAAGACCGAAACUAACAAUGGAGAACCCAGCGCGGUCUGGAGCCUUGUUCCGAGUGCUUUCCCAGAAUGCCAUGCAGACUAGCCAGCUGAUGGUGUCCCCACCAUCCUGUGCAGCUUGUGGCUCCCGUGUUUCCUGAGAAAGGCCUGGAACAUUCCAUCCAAGCCCCCUUGUGAACCUCUGUCAGCCAGCCCUGCAGGGGACCAACAACAGCUGAAAACC